UUGAUCAGAUUUCGGUAAAGCUAGGGAACUGACGUCACCAAUUCGUGAAAAGAAAGUGAUAUAAUAUAAUGGGAUUUUUCAUUUAUAAUUUUCUAGAACAAAUAUCAUUAGUAAUAACCGCGGUAUGACGGUAUAUUCCUUUACGACUCAAAAAGACCGUUUCAAUGUUUUAAGGCCAUCUUGACCAGGGAUUGAAUAACGUGUAACUGCAUAAUAUUCUGACGUUCCACAGCCCUUCAGGAAAUGGUUGAAUUUCUGUAUGUUGAACUAUUAAAUUCAUCUAUUACUUAUUAAAAGAAUUGUCAUAUACUUGUGAUAAAAUCGUUCAGGACAAGUCUGUCACGGUGUUUCGUCCCGCCCAAAAGACCCUUCAGAGACCGUUCAGACUUUUGUUAUUUUUCUGCAGUCACAGAGUCGAACACUACCACUAAAUCCAUGUAAACCGACAAUUGUAUUUUAUUUUUCACUUAUCGUGUUAUUUCAAGAUGACUUGAAAUAACAUGACUUUUCGCAUAUGGAGUCAAAUGUAGCGUGAAUAUCCAUACCUCUGGUCCAUGCCUAUUUGUGAAGACAAUACUCGCACAUAUGAGUAAACGGUAUGUAUUAUAUUUUAUUCUGGCAAAUAUCAGGACAUUACCACGCGAAAUCAUUUUCCACCCAUACUUUACAACUUUAAAUAGUAAGACAAGUGUGACAAUGAGGUCACUGAAUUUCGUAUACGAAUAUUCUUUGUUGACCGUUUCAAAUCAACUUAUAUGACGUAUUUCUUUUGCUGCCUGCGUCAUUUUCUUCGCUAUUUUUAUUUGUUUGUUUGCUUUUUUUCAGUUAAGUCUUCAUUUUAUCACAGCAAUAUUAUUUUAUUUCCAUCAGAUAGCGUGGUUGAAUUGAAUCCCACCUUAAGGCAAAUAUAUUAUCCCAGUCACAAUAAUCAACUGUUUGGUCUCUCCCCUCUUAGAUACUUCCUUCUCGGAGUAUUAACUGAACCUCGAUAUUAAAACAGCAACAAUUAUUUCUACAAUGUUUUUGUUACCUAUAUACAUGACUAGAUUUACGAAAACGUGGUUAAUUAAGAAAAGUGCGUUCUUUUGCACUAAGUGAACUACCUAGCUACUUGAAUAUUAACAGCUCUUAAAGGCCCAGAUAUUACCCCCAACCCCUCUCCCAGGAAAGAGAGAGAGAGAGGAGAGCGCAAAUUGCAAAGUACAAGAGUGGAGGCCAGUGAAAAGAAAAGACGGACAUUCCUUUGAUUUCUUAUAUCGUCUACUUUGAUCUCUGUUAAAUUAAACGCUUACACUAGAGUGAAAUGUCUUUACCAAAGUUUUCACAAUUCUAGUCAUGAAACUAAUGACUUUUUGUUCCCUUUUUUAUUUUGCAGGAAACUGACAGUAAAAAGCACCAGUGGACAAAUAAGUCUCCGGUAAAGAAAUAAUAUAGUCUUGAAACAUUGCACUGAAAAAAACAAAAAAAAUCACGUUCUAGGGUGAAUGUAUAUUGCUGAAGUUUCUUCCCGCCUAACAUGUUAAACUGGUCAGUGGAGGGAAACCUUUCCCAAAACACCACCGAUCUGGAAGGUGAUGGAAUUCAAGUGGUGAAGAUUCUGCAGCUGCUAUUCUACUCUGUUAUAAUAGCCGUUGGUUCCGUUGGAAACGCUCUGAUCUGCCUCGCAAUUCUCAGUCGCAAGAAGAGAAAGACCAGCGAGUAUUUCAUCCUCAACCUGGCGAUAACUGAUUUAUCCACCAGCAUUUUGAGCAUUCCUCUUGACAUAAUAGAGCGAUUAGCGGGGUACUGGCCGUACGGAUCGUUUUUGUGCAAGUUAGUUUAUCCUCUUCAGACCAUCCUUAUGUCUGUGUCUGUUGCGACACUGCUGGCGAUGAGUCUUGAAAGGCACAGAGCGAUAAUGCACCCGCUAAAGCCCAGGAUGAAAGGAAGCAAGCCUAUAAUUGUGAUCUGUGCCAUCUGGGUGGGCAGCACUCUUCUUGUCUCUCCUUACAUUUACGUACUAGGCUUUGAAGUAGGGAACUGCGUAGAAAAUUGGCCAGGCACUGGUUAUGUAAAGGCCUACACCAUGUCCGUUUUUAUCGUACUGUACCUUUGCCCGCUUUGGGGCAUAACUAUCGCGUACGUGAGAAUCGGGAGAAAACUUUACAAAGACAUCAAGACUCUCCAAGUCGUAAUGGCAGACCCUGAAGGCGGUAUGACUGGGAGACAAAUGCUUAAAACUCGGGCCCAUCGCAAUGUCCGCAUCGUUAAAAUCUUUGUGACGGCAGUGGUUGCGUUUGCAGUGUGCAUGCUGCCGAAUCACGUGAUGUGGCUGUGGAACGAUUACGGCAAUGGACACAGCUCCAAGUACUUCACUGACCUGCUCGUGUUUACAAAUAUUCUGGUUUAUGCUAACAGCUGCAUCAAUCCUUUCAUAUUUGGUACUCUACAGACCCGCUGUACCAGCUGUAAAGAUGUCCUGAAAAGUUCUCAAGACAGAGAUGAUAGCGGCCGCCAUCGUAGACUGUUUUCCAUGCGCGUGUCCUUUACCAGCUCAUCCAAACUAAGGACGUUUGUUCGCGGAACUUUGAGAAGUCCUGGUCUAAGCCAGAGGAGUAUUUCAACCCGCAAAGGAACUAUCAUUUCUACAAGGGCAACGUUGAGAGAAUUACAAAGACUUCAUGGCAACACUGAUGCAGAAAGCAAUGUUUGAAUUCAAACCGUCUCAAAACAUCCACGAGUGCCCAAAUUCAAAAUAUAGAAAAAAAAACAAAACAAAAAAAAAACAAGCAAACAACAAACAAACAAACAAACAAACAAGAAAACCAAAACAAUACAAUUUUUUUUUUCUGCAAGUAUGUUGUACAAUGUAAAACCUGUCAUUUGAAAGGAGGAAUAAAUAAACUAGCACUUAAUUCACAGACUUAAGACUUUACUACCAUUUAAAGCAUCUUCAAUAAACUGUAUCGCACGAACGUGCAUUGAAAUAGUUUCCAUUUGAUUAGCUGCAUACGUCUGCAUACGAGCCCAGUGACCCAUCAAGUCGGAGCUUAUCCCGGUUUCUGUAGCAUGAAGCGAUUAGGGGUAUUUCUACACCCCCAUGGACUGGAUGCUAGUCUGUCGCAGGGUUACCCCCAGCAUAAAGUUC